UAGAAAAGUUAAUUUUCUAGGCGAUUAGGAUGUAGUCAGGGUAUAAACCGGGCAAAAUCUGAGCAAUAUUGGGGUUAACCACCUAGCCUGUUUAUGUCAAAACAUCGCUCAUCCUAGAAGGGACUUCAGAUGAAAUUGAACUAUCAAGAUAAAUCUGAGGCAGUUACUAACUGUCCAUUGCCCCUUCCAAAUAAACAAAUAAAUACAUAAAUUUACACCCGUCCAGACGUCUAGAUUCCGGCUUUUGCUCAGCGGGUAGUCUGCUGCACGACUAACAGAAAUGAAAUAAUCAAAAUACUAUUUAAUACUGACUUCAUUUCGACCUUGGGUUGACUAUUUAUGGACUCGGAUUUAAAAGAAAUAUAAAUCCGUUUAUUUAAAAUUGUCUUCAGUCAAGUAGUAAUACGUCACCCCACGGGGGUUUCCUCCUAUGUCGACAUGACAGACACGCUGUGACUGGCAACCAGCGGAAUCGUACUUCGGAGGAAUCAUAAAAUGUUUUAUAGUCAAAGGAGGAAGAGCACAUCAUUGUCUAUUCCGAAAGGCGCUGUAUCAAAAAUUCCUGUGCGAAAGUUUCAAUCCUCAGAAGCGAGUUCGGGCUGGGAGCCAGGAGCUCGCAGGAAAGGACUGUAUCCUUACUGUGUUUUUUUAAUUUUAUUUUUUAGUUUCUAAUUAUCAUCAAGAUAAUUUGUCUUCUGUAAAUACUUAUUUGUGUCGAACCCGUGCGUUCUGGAAAUCGGAGGUGAUGUGGUUAGCGGUGGGGAUGCUUCGAUUGCUGCGGAGGAACAGUAAAAACGAAGAAAAGGCCAGUAAAUGCGUAUUGUCUAAGUUUAUGUACUUUGAACUCAAGCAAGUUCGGUCUUAUUAACGGCAACGGUAAAGCGUACCAUACAACAGGACUCGCGCUGGUGCUGCAAUAGUGUAGCCUAGUCAACGCUGCGCUAUUUCCAAAACAGGACGUUAGGCAGGAGUUGUGAAACGCUCUGAUUUCAACGUCAGUAUUGUAUUUUUCCUCCUCAAUCAAGCCUGACUUGCGUCGUCGCACGGGCUCAGCAUAUUUAAAGGCUAGUUACAUUUUCAACCUGGCUCCUAUUUCCGUAGUAGGCUAUAGCCUAUAUAUUUCCAUCAUUGCUAUCAAUUCUGAUUAUGAACGUGCUUCAAUCUCGAGAUUUUUGUUUUUUUAGAGGGUUUUUUUUCCGUAUCCAUGUCAGUAGCUUUACUGCGGCAUCUAUGAUAUUAAUGCAGGUUAAAUUUACCUCUAACAAGUCCAAUUGAUCGAAACCUCUUAUUUGGAAGUGAGAAAGAAAAUGUGAAAGAUUACAUUUAUUCGCCGAAAUUUAAAGAAAAAAUCGUUCUGUUUCAGUUUAAUUGACCUAUCGUACUUACCUAUUUUGCGUGCGCGAAAAUUUAAUUGAGCUCUUCGUCUGCGUAUUCUGGGUCAAAUGAAUAUGGGCGGCCAUCAAGGUGAAGACUCAACAACAUCCUCAGGCUCGCAGUGAUCGGGUGAAUAAACAGUCGUUGCAACAGGUUUAAGAUUUGGAUGUUCCACGUUCGCUUGUAAAUGUGAGCGACACACCAAUGUAAACAAUAAGCGCGAAACAUUUUAUUGCGUAGUAUUGGUCUGUUAAAAUAUAGCAUGUGGCGUUUAAGCAACGCUAACAGUGACGUAUAAAGCCUAAUAUAAUCCCUGUAUUUCAGAAUAAAAAUAUUAUGUUCUCUGCUGUGCCUCAGAUCAGUUACAGACUGCCUGUGUUUUGACUGCGAGGAGAAGCUGAAUUUGUAUCGACCCCCGGUGUCCAAGCGUUUAGCCACGGACCCCUCCCUGAAUUUGGCGCGCAUUUGAGGAAGGCGGCCUCGGCAAAGAUGGCGCAACCUGCGGCCGACAGCCCGGGAAACGACUCGGGCGUCUUCCUGGACUCGGAGUUCCGGUACGCCCUGUUCCCCGGCUUCUACGGCGUGGUCUUCGCCGUGGGGCUCGUGGCCAACGCGUCGGCGCUCUUCGUCCUGCGGCGGCUCCGCGACGCCAAGGCCAUGAACGAGAUCCGCAUCUACAUGACCAACCUGACGGUGGCGGACCUGCUGUUCGUGUGCGUGCUGCCCUUCUGGAUCGACUACUACGCCCGGCGCGGCGACUGGGUCUUCGGCGAGGUCCUCUGCCGCAUCACCGGCUCCAUGUUCUUCGUCAACACCUACAGCUCCGUCCUCUUCCUCGCCAUCAUCAGCUUCAACCGCUACUGGGCCGUCACGCAGCCGCUGGACGCCGCCGCGUCCGACCACCGGCGGCGCGGGAUCCUGGUGUCGCUGGUGGUGUGGGCCGUGACCGUGGGCACCACCGUGCCCCACCUGGCGGAGCCGGGGCUCAACCGCGACGUCCACAGCAACGCCACGCGCUGCUUCGAGCACUACCAGCAGCGGGAGGAGGGCACCAAGCGGACGGUGCUGGCCACGCACUUCGUCAUCGUGGGCCUCUUCUUCCUGGUCUUCCUGCUGGUGGCGGUGUGCAACGUGCUGAUCGGCCGGACGCUGCUGGCGCAGCGGCAGACGCAGGCCGGGCGCAAGCGCUGGGGGCUGAAGAAGUACGCCCUGUGGAUGGUGUGCGUGGUGGUGCUGGUGUUCGUGCUCUGCUUCGUGCCGCACCACCUGGUGCAGGGCCCCUGGGCCAUGGCGGUGCUGGAGUACGGGGACCUGGGGCCGGGGGCGCGGCAGCGGCUGAACGACGCCCACCAGGUCACGCAGGUGCUGAUGGGGCUGAACUGCAUCCUGGACCCCGUGGUGUACUGCUUCUCCACCCGGAAGUUCCGCCGCUACGUGGCGGGCCAGCUGCGCUGCUUCGGCAGGGCGAGCCGGGACUGCGUGAACCACACGGCCAGCAGCGCCGUCUCCCUCGGCUCCCAGCGGCACGCCGAGCUGGUUCCCAUGGAUACGGCGCCCAAGGCGUAGAGAGGGAGUCGGGCUCGCGCGUGCACACGCGCUCGCGCACGCACUCGCGGAGACGACAGCCUCUGUUUCCCGCUCAGGGAAAAACGCCUCUGUCCCCGGCCUGAAUUUCUGGAAUUUCUGCUCUCAUGUAAAUGUAAUUCAAAACGCUUGCCAAAAAUUGCUCGAACCAUUUCCAUCUAAGGCUCACUAAAAAAAAAAAAAAAAAAAAAGAGGGGGGGGGGGGGG